AAACAAAGAGAUCCGAGAAGUCUUCUCCAAUGUCUCGUUCUCGAGUCUCGACAACGCUACAGUACCCAACGAUCUUUUUCCUUCCCUUCCUUUUCUCUAUCAUAUCGUCAGGAUAUUGCCAUAGUGUAUACAUUUGGUCGGACAGCGCAUGAAGCAAUAGAUUCUCGGUCCUUUGUGAGCCCUCAUUUCGAAAGAGGGUGAUUUGGAUAUCUUUUUGUUGGCUGCUGUUAUUUCCCGGAAGCCUUCCUUGGAUACUGGUACCGUACCGGACGUCACAAACCCAGGGCGGCAUUCACGUUCGCAAGUGCGCCCACAAAACAGUGAAUUUUCAGCUUGACAGGAAAGGGCGCUAGUGUUUUGUUGUGCUGGUUUGACUCCGAGGAUUUCUCUCGUUAAUAAAAGCGAACUCGAUGCAAUCAGUGGAUGAUACCGGUAGGUAGGAUUGGAAGAAGUCACAACCAGCUACUCAAUUUAUUUUUUUAAGAAAGAAAAUAUUAUUGAACCAACAUGUCGCUUUCUGCCGCUCACAGUCCGAAACUCGGGAUGAGUGGAAGCUUUGGAUCGUCCCAUUGCUUGACUCAAGCUGAGGAAGCAAACCUGAAGCUUCAUCGCAAGACUUAUUCCCUGCCCAAGGACGAAAACUCUCCCCUCCUCCCCCCUUCGAAAAAACCGCCGAGCCCUUCGUCUGUCAAGGAUAUUGAAUUGGGGCAGGAUUCUCCUCGUCAAAAGAAAGAUGCUCGCCUCAGUAAAAGCUUGCUGACAACAAUCGUUGUCGUCACGAUUGGUUCGUCCCUUCAGUUUGGUUAUGGGACCGGAGUCAUGAACAACAGCGAGGAUAUUAUCAUGGAGUACUUUCAGGACCAAGGCAAAGGGUACGCAGUGAUACAAUGGAGUACCACUGUAUCAUGCUACGGCAUUGGCGGCCUCGUUGGAUCUCUGUUGGGUCCGAAGGUUAUUGGUGCCUACUGUGGUCGCAGAGCAACGUUGCUGAUCAACAAUAUUUUCUUGGUCAUUUCCAGCCUACUCAUUGCGUUGGCUCCUCAAUGGUGGUAUCAAGCAAUUGGAAGGAUCUUCGUUGGCAUUGUGGCUGGUAUUGCCACUGCUGUGGUGCCAACCUAUUUCAGUGAAAUAAGCCCCAUCGCCAUUCGAGGAGCGGUCGGGACGAUGCACCAGCUGGGAAUCACCGUCGGAAUUCUUCUUUCUCAAGCUUUGUCGACGCCAAGCCUCAACAUGCUAGGCUCGCAAGACAAGUGGCAAUGGCUCUUUGCGGUACCAGUCUUUUGUGGGCUGUUGGAAGUCAUCGUCUUGCCCUUCUGCCCUGAAAGCCCGAGCUACCUGUAUACAACCCAAGGGAAAGAAGCUGCCAGGCAAGCCCUGACCCAACUACAAUCCGAAGCUGUGGCGGAUGAGUACUUGGGUUAUAUUGAGGAAGAAAUCAUGGGCGCCAAUAGCGACAACAAUGGUGGCAUCAUGUCCAUCAGAGAACUAUUUCGGGACCGAAAACUUCGCAAACAGCUGAUCGUCGGCAUUACAGUCCAGCUCAUGAUGCAAUUCAGUGGUAUUGAUGCGGUCUUUUACUAUUCCACUUCCGUUUUUAAACAAGCUGGCGUCUCGGAUCCAGCCCUUGCCACAACUAGCCUGGGCAUCGUCAACGUGAUUGUAACCAUUUUCGCCGUUAAAUUCAUGGACUCGGCGGGACGGAAGACUUUGCUGACUUACUCAUGGUGCGGUAUGUGUGCCAGCUUCAUGACGCUGACCGCAAGCUUCAUUUUGAAAGAAAACUACAAUGUCGAUUACAUGGAUCAACUUUCAGUGAUGGCAAUGACAGGAGUCAUCAUCUUCUUUGCCUUUGGACCUGGCUGCGUCGCAUGGUUCAUCAUUGCUGAGAUUAUACCCUUGUAUGCCCGAGAUUCCGCCAUGGCGUUGGGCAUCUUUAUCAAUUGGGUUGCCAACUGGUUGGUUGCCUUUUCCUUUCCAUUGUUGCUGCACUCUACACAUCCCUACACUUUCUUGAUCUUUGUGGCCUCUACGGGGUAUUUCCUAUACUUCACGCUUCGAUUUGUGCCAGAAACCAAAGGCUUGACGGUCUCCCAGUUGGCUGUGGAGUUUGAUGCCAUGCCUAUGUGGACGUGCUGAUUAAUUAUUAAAUCUUUAUUAUUACAUGUAAUGGAUGCACAACGUUUAGCUAGGAUCUUUUGCGUGAUAAAUAUG